UACAGACGUCCUGCAGCUGCGCAGCAGUGUAGAGCAUUUACCCACGGGUCGGUGGUCUGCAUGACGGGCUUUGAGCUUUCUGGAAGAAUCAAGCUAUCAUGAUAAGAUGAAGGACCUCAGUAAGAUGAGGUAAUCCAUCAUGAUUCCCAUCACUGAGUUGCGGUAUUUUGCUGACACACAGCCGGCGUACCGGAUCCUGAAGCCAUGGUGGGACGUCUUCACCGACUACAUCUCCAUCGUCAUGCUCAUGAUCGCUGUUUUUGGAGGAACGCUGCAGGUGACCCAGGAUAAGAUGAUCUGUCUGCCCUGUAAGUGGGUGGUGAACGAGAGCUGCCCGCCACUGAACACCAGCGUCCGGCCCAGCACGGAACCACGGGGGAUCCAGUAUGAACUGGACCGACACCAGUACAACUACGUGGACGCCGUGUGCUACGAGAACAACCUGCACUGGUUCGCCAAGUACUUCCCCUACCUGGUGCUGCUUCACACUCUCAUCUUCCUGGCCUGCAGCAACUUCUGGUUCAAGUUCCCUCGGACCAGCUCCAAGCUAGAGCACUUCGUGUCCAUCCUGCUAAAAUGCUUCGACUCCCCCUGGACCACCCGGGCCCUGUCCGAGACCGUGGUGGAGGAGACCGACCCCAAACCCCCAGGCAAGGCCGACGGUUUCACGGACAAGAAAACAUCCAGCAUUAGUGACCAGGACGUGGAGGCCAGCGUGCCCAUGCUGCAGCGGACUAAAUCUCGCAUAGAACAGGGCAUUGUGGACCGCUCGGACACGGGCGUGCUGGAUAAGAAAGAGGGGGAGCAGGCCAAGGCCCUGUUUGAGAAGGUGAAGAAGUUCCGGAUCCAUGUGGAAGAGGGCGAUAUAGUGUACCGCCUCUACAUCCGGCAGACAAUCAUCAAGGUGAUCAAGUUUGUCCUCAUCAUCAGCUACACUGCGUACUACGUGGGCCAUAUCACCUUCAACGUGGUGUGCAGGGUGAACAUAGAGCAGCUAACGGGUUACAAGCUGUACUACUGUGCCCACCCGCUGGCCACACUCUUCAGGAUCCUGGGCUGGUUCUACAUCUCGCUGGUCAUCGUCUACGGCCUCAUCUGCAUGUACACGCUGUGCUGGAUGCUAGGCCGCUCGCUCAAGCACUACUCCUUCGAGUCCAUCCGCGAGGAGAGCAGCUACAGCGACAUCCCGGACGUGAAGAACGACUUCGCCUUCAUGCUGCACAUGAUCGACCAGUACGACCCGCUCUACUCCAAGCGCUUCGCCGUCUUCCUGUCCGAGGUCAGUGAGAACAAGCUGCGGCAGCUCAACCUCAACAACGAGUGGACGCUGGAGAAGCUGCGCCAGAGGAUCACCAAAAACUCGCAGGACAAGCUGGAGCUUCAUCUCUUCAUGCUGAGCGGCAUUCCCGACACCGUCUUCGACCUGCUGGAGCUUGAGGUGCUGAAGUUGGAGCUGAUCCCAGACGUCACCAUCCCGCCCAUCAUCGCUCAGCUGUCCAAUCUGAGGGAGAUGUGGCUGUACCACACGCCCGCCAAAAUCGAGGCUCCUGCCUUAGCCUUCCUGAGGGAGAACCUCAAAUCACUCCACAUCAAAUUCACAGACAUUAAGGAGAUCCCUCUGUGGAUUUACAGCCUGAAGAACUUGAGCGAGCUCCACCUCACUGGCAACCUGAGCGCCGACAACAACCGCUACAUCGUCAUCGACGGCCUACGCGAGCUCAAGAGGCUCAAAGUGCUGAGGCUCAAGAGCAACCUCACCAAGCUGCCUCAGGUGGUAACGGACGUGGGUGUGCACCUGCAGAAGCUCUCCAUCAAUAACGAGGGCACCAAGCUGAUGGUGCUGAACAGUCUGAAGAAGAUGGUGAACCUGACGGAGCUGGAGCUGGUGCGCUGCGACCUGGAGCGCAUCCCACACUCCAUCUUCAGCCUCCACAACUUGCAGGAAAUUGACCUGAAGGACAACAAUCUGAAGACCAUUGAGGAGAUCAUCAGCUUCCAGCAUCUUCAUCGGCUGGUGUGUCUGAAGCUGUGGUACAACCAGAUCGCCUACAUCCCCAUCCAGAUUGGCACGCUCACCAACCUGGAGCGCCUCUACCUGAACCGCAACAAAAUCGACAAGAUCCCCAGCCAGCUCUUCUUCUGCCGCAAGCUCCGCUACCUGGACCUCAGCCACAACAACCUGACCAGCAUCCACUCAGACAUAGGACUCCUGCAGAACCUGCAGUAUUUCGCUGUUACAGCCAACAGGAUUGAGACGCUACCCGCGGAGUUGUUUCAGUGUAAGAAGCUGCGGACGCUGAACUUGGGGAAUAACUGUCUGACCAGCCUGCCGUCCCGUGUCGGCGAGCUGACGGGUCUGACCCAGCUGGAGCUGCGGGGGAACCGUCUGGAGGGCUUGCCGGUGGAGCUGGCCGAGUGCCGCCUGCUUAAACGCUCGGGCCUGGUGGUGGAGGAAGACCUGUUCAAAACGCUUCCGACUGAGGUGAAGGAGCAGCUGUGGAGAGCCGAUAAGGAACAAGCCUGAGCGAUGGAUCGUGAGAGCACGAGAGGUUGGGAAUAAGGACAGAGUGGAGGAAAACGGAAAGCGUGACGCUCUGGAAUAAUUUUAUUUUUACGUUUUUAUUUUAUUUUUUUAUUGUUUUUGUAUAUUGAGGAGAAGGUUGAUCCUUAUCUAACACAUAUGACAUAAGGAAAAAGGAAGGAGGAUAGAGAGGAAUCCGUGGAGCGCCCACCUGUGCGCAAACACCGUGCCACUAGCCAGCGCCGGACAAACACUUCAUACAAACUACAAACUUAACUACAGAGCAAACGCUACAUGCUAUAUCUACAGUCUCUUAAAGACCACAGGUCAGGUGCUGAUUAGCCAAACAAAUCAUGGACAACAAGCCAAGUGUUCUCAGACUAUGUGCUGCACAAUCAACACCGCCACAAUCUUAACAAGACCCCUAAAUGCUACAUAGCUGCCCCCGCACCCCAAAACCCCCCCCAUAACAUUUCAUUUCCGUUGGGAGCAACGUCAGACUUUUACUUUGAAUUUGUUUUCCUGUUCAAAGCCUUUGCGGAUGUCUCAUCCGAUCGAUUGAAUUGCCAAAACAAAAGGGAAUUAUGUCAUGAAGCAAUGCUAUGAUGCUACAACGACCGUCGCCGUGGCAACGUGCCCACACUAACAUGGCCUUAACUCGUAGGAGCUGAACGCCUGAGAUCGUCGUGGAGACGAGACGAACAUUUGUGUUUAUGAUUUUGUAACGUUUUUACAAAAUAUUUUUAAAAAGAGGAAAAAAAAAAAAGGCAAGAAAACGGGGACAAACGCAAACUGGUAUGCCUUUGCGUGAGACGUGUAUAAUUAACUCCUUUCUGUUUUUUAAUUAACAGUUCCUGAUUUAUUUUUGUUGGAGAUGUUUUUAUUUGGUCUCGAGGAUUAUGUAACGUAUGACACUUAAGGAUAUGGAUAAAUAAAAACUCCUGAGACGAU